AUGAUAACAACUAAAACGUCUUUAACAUUAACAAGUUUAAUAGUAUUAUCAUUGGUAAUAAUCUUCAAUACGGUAUAUGAUCCAAUAUCAGCUUCAAUAGGGUUCUCAUUACUUGGAUGUGCAAUAACAUGGAGUCUUGUACCGAUAUUAAAAGAUAGCUUCAUAAAGGCCAAUUUAUUUGGCAAUGAUUUAAAUAAACUUAAUAAACCUAUAAUGUACCCAUCAAAAGUUUUUGUUGGAGAUACUUUUUGUUAUUUUGCAGGAAUGUCAUUUGCAGUAGUGGGGAUAUUGGGGCAUUUUAAGUGUCCAAGACAUCGUAUGCCAAAGUAA